AGUAUUUUUAAACGCGAGAAUGGAAUUCGUUUGAGACAUGGUGAGCAAUCAUUAUGGAUACCGAAUAAGAAUGUGAUUUGCAAAUGCCCGAAGAUACGAAUUGGGAAACGUUAUUUGAUGUUGGGUCGUGAUGAUACGAACGAUAUAAGUCGACCUGGAAUUGUUUUGAAUUCAAGAAGUGUUUUGAUGGAAUGGGAUGAAGAAUUGCUGGAUAAAGUUACGCGAUUUACACGUAAGCAAAAACGUGGACAGUGUCCGGCUAGAAGACGUUUUUGA